CACCGCUACAGUGACGUCAUUCGAGGAGUUAUAUUUGUAAAGGAGAAGAAUUGAAAAUAAACCUAAAUGAAUCUGUUUUGAAUAGUCAAUAUUUUCAUGAAAUUCUUAAAAAAAACAAUAAUUAUAAAACAAUUUUUCACAUAUCCAAUCAUAAAGUCAUUUUCAUAAAUUAGCUGCAUUACGUAGGCAAAGCCAAAUCAUAGAUUCAUAUUUUAUAUUUAUGUACAUAUUGGAAGAACAUUAGUACACAGCUUGUAAAAUAAAAGUAAAAUCCUCCAGUGAUAUUAACUUAUAAUUCCAAGACUUACCAAACAUAUAUGUCGAUUUGCCCUGAAGUAAUCUAAUGUUUCCAAAGAAGAAGAUAUUUUUGAGGUUACAUGUUGCCCAACAAUUUUUGUGAAACGCAUCAUUGAAUUGAGGUUACAUGUAGUAGGUAUUGAUACUAAAAAUGUUUUUUUUUCUCAACUUCGUAACCUCGUAAAUAAAUAUUUUUAUAAAUAUUUAAGAAAAAAAAUCUUCGAUUUUAGAUUAUUUAAUUAUGCAACUUUUUAUAAAAUGUGCGCUAAAAGAACACAUGGUUUUAAAGUUAUUCAGUUGAGACUCACAGAAGACUGCCACAGUUCUCAUGAAUUAUUCGUAAAAGAACAUUUAGUACAAAAACAUGAUGAAGACAAGCCCAGUGGGAGAACAUUAUUUAUAGUCAAUGUUCCUCCAUAUAUCGAUGAAGAUCGCAUGAGAAAGCUAUUUCAAUUUGCUGGUGCAGUUAAAUCGGUUUGCUUCCAAAACUUUCCAGAUGAAUCUGACUUCGAAGUUGGUGGUUUUAAAAUGUGUUUUGUUGUAUUUAUUAACAGGGAAGCCCUUUUAAAUGCUUUGACAGUAAAUAUCCUAGGAUUUAAUAAGGCAAACUUGAAAACAGGAAUAGAUGAAUGGAUACAAAAUUACAAUAGUUCAAUUUGCAAUGCAGAUGGUCUGUCUCGUGAGAUUACUGAGUACAUGAGGCAUUAUGAUAAGAUCGAAAAUAAAAAGAAGAAUAAAAAGGAUACUGAUGAGGAUGGAUGGACUGUUGUGGCAAAGAAGGGCCGUACUCCUGGUUUAUCCAGGAAAGAAAGUGUAGUUGUCAAACUUAAAGAAAAAAAAGAGAAGAAGUUAAAACAGAAAGAACUUAAGAAUUUUUACACUUUCCAGAUAAGAGAAAACAAAAUGAAGAGCCUGGCUCAAUUACGUCAAAACUAUGAGGAAGCAAAAGCAAAAGUUAAUUUGAUGAAAUCUGCUAGAGUUUUUAAGCCUUAUUAAUCAGUUCUUUGGGACAAAUAAAUUUUUAUUUUUUGGGAGUUUGUUGGUUUUAAUUAUUGAAAAAUAUAUUAUCAUCGUAUCAUGGCAUGAUUGUUUUAAAUUAUUUUUGUCUCGCUUAAAUUUAGUAAAUUUAAAGGUUGUUUAAAAAAAGAACAAGACCCAUAAGAAGCAGAGUUAAUUAAUUAUAGGAAAGUUGGCCAAUAGAAGUUAAAGAAGAAAAUAAUCGAUGGAUCUGAGGUUAUGUUUUUAACUUUUUUGAUAUUU